CACACCAUACACACACCAGGCACACAUGAGGCACUGAUACACUGGCACAUACUUUGGACUUUGGUAACAUAUCAUGCACAGGUGUGUCUUUUCUAAGUUUUGUUUGGUCUUGAGAAGUCAGUAAGAGGUGACUGAAGAAACCAAUUUAUCGACUCAUCCCUUCAAGAAGGAAUCGUCACAGAAUCUAAAAGAGCCAUGUGGGUUGUCCCGGCCUUGCUGCUACCUUUCUUCAGUGGUGCUCUGUCUUUAGACAAACUCAACAUGUGUAUGGACGGCAAACACCACAAAGUAGACCCUGGCCCUGAGGGAGAGCUUUACCUUCAGUGUGUUCCCUGGCGUGACAAUGCAUGUUGUACUGCCAACACUAGCGCAGAAGCUCACAACGAUAACUCCUACUUGUACAACUUCAACUGGAAUCACUGUGGUGUCAUGAGCCCCGAGUGCAAGAAACAUUUCACCCAGGACACUUGCUUCUAUGAGUGCUCACCACACUUGGGACCCUGGAUCCAAAAAGUGGAUCAGACCUGGCGUAAGGAGCGCAUCUUGGAUGUGCCUCUCUGUAAGGAAGAUUGCCACCAAUGGUGGGAAGACUGCAAGAACGAUUACACCUGCAAGACUGACUGGCACAAGGGAUGGGACUGGAGCUCAGGGAUUAACAAAUGCCCUGAAGGUAGCAAGUGCAGAAAGUGGACUGAAAUUUAUCCCACACCCAAGUCAAUGUGUGAAGAAAUCUGGUCCAAUUCCUACCUUUAUACCACCUACUCAAAGACCUCAGGCCGCUGCAUGCAGCUCUGGUUCACUGGGACAAAUCCCAACAGGAAGGUAGCUGAGUACUACCUCAACAAAGGACAGCAACACCAAAGCGUCGCCUUGACAACACUGCUUCUCCUGGCUUUUACAUCUUUCUCUGUCAUGAUGUCCUAAAAUGAUAUACAUGACAUAUCAUCUCAGAAGUACCAAUAAAACUGCUUUCAAAUGCUC